GUUCUGUGUCUGUUGUGAUGAUUCUCGAUUCUGUCAGUCCUGUCCCUGUCUGUGCUUUAAUCGGAUUGACGCGGGACGGCUGACGACGGGCUGUUGGAGUUGUUGGUUUUUAUUCGGUGCUCUUUCAUUUCCCAAUUUUUUCGUCUAUCAAUUUUACAAUAGGAGUAUCUCAGGAUGUCUGGUAUAGCAGGUGCUCGUCUUACUGAAGAACGCAAAGCUUGGCGCAAGGAUCACCCUUUUGGAUUUGUUGCCCGUCCAUCCAAAAACCCUGAUGGAACACUGAAUCUGAUGAACUGGGAAUGCUCCAUUCCUGGUAAGAAAGGAACCCCUUGGGAAGAGGGCCACUAUAAACUGAGGAUGCUCUUCAAGGAAGACUACCCUACAAGCCCUCCCAAGUGCAAAUUUGAACCACCACUAUUCCACCCAAAUGUAUAUCCUUCAGGCACUGUUUGUCUGUCAUUGUUGGAUGAAGAAAAAGACUGGAGACCUGCUAUCACUAUCAAACAAAUCCUUCUUGGAAUUCAAGACUUGCUAAAUGAGCCAAAUGUCAAAGAUCCUGCACAAGCAGAAGCCUACACUAUUUAUUGCCAGAACAGACUAGAGUAUGAGAAAAGGGUCAGGGCUCAGGCAAGGGCUAUGAGCCAUCAAGAGAGCUAAGACACUCAAAAGUGUGUGUGCUUGUGUGUUCCAUCAUUUAUGUCCAGAGGAAAGUCAUAUUCUUGUGGUCUUGAUUUGUCUGUUAGAAUUAGAUUUUUUAUCAAACUUCACAUGUUCUCAUGUUAUUGUAUUCUUUGGAAAUGAAUAAUCAACUAAAUACAUCCUUUUUUCAUCACUGG